AUGGAAGCAUUCAAUACUGCCGGAGAAGUCCAUUAUGUUCUUGCAAAUACAUGCACUUCAUAUAUAACCGUGGUUGCACACCAAUUUAAUGAGUGUGACUUUGAAGAGGGUUACGAUAAAAUAGCCUAUUUGGAGUAUUCAUCACGUUACUGGAUUGCGCACUUCCGCCAAACUUGUGUGCGGGAAGAGAGCCCGCUAUUGACCCACGCACAGAGGAUUUGUGACCCGAACUCUGAUGUAUAUCAAAUGUGGUCUUGGAUCUAUGCGAACUUGGGACGCAAUCUUCCUCAUGACGCCACAACACUUUUGAUAGCGUCGUGUCUGGGUCUUGCGGACAUAGUCAACGUUCUUGCUAGAGAAACGGUGGAAUUCAACUCCCAGGAUUCAGGUUAUGGCCGGACAACAAUAUCCUGGGCUGCAGAGAAUGGCUAUGAGGCAGUGGUGAAGCUUCUGCUUGCCACAGGAAAAGUGGAUAUUGACUCUAAGGAUUCGAAUAGCCGGAUACCACUAUUCUGGGCAGCAAAGAAUGGCCAUAGGACAGUGGUGGAGCUUCUAAUUGGCACAGAAAAAGUGGAUAUCGACAGUAGGGAUUCAUGGGGUUUGGCACUACUAUACUUAGCGGCAAACAAUGGCGAUGAGGCAGUGGUGGAGCUUCUUCUCGCCACAGGAAAAGUGGACAUUGACGCUAGAGAUUCAGAUGGCCAAACACCCCUAUCCUGUGCUGCAAGGAAUGGCCACGAGGCAGUGGUAAAGCUUCUUCAAGAAUUUCACCAGCUAGCUUUAUGA